UUCAAAAUCAGGAUCAAUUAUGGGGUUAUCAUAUCAUUUGGAUUAUUCAUUUUCCUUAUACAAAUUCUCAUUUAUGUGCCACCAUAAACAAUAUCAUUUUCUUCUUCCAAUUUAUGAAGCAUAUAUACACUAACACAAACACGAAGUUUGUAGGUAUCUCUCUCUAUAUAUAUACACACUUGCAAUACCAAGAAUCACAUUUUUCAGUAGCUUUCUUAUCAAAGUCGAAUAAACCAAAAAAUAAGAACACCAUGAACGCUUUAGCAGCAACCAACAGAAACUUCAAGCUAGCUUCUAGGCUUCUUGGUUUGGACUCAAAGCUCGAGCAAAGUCUUCUCAUUCCCUUCAGAGAAAUCAAGGUGGAAUGUACCAUACCGAAAGACGAUGGAACUCUUGCAUCAUUCAUUGGAUUCAGAGUCCAACACGACAAUGCAAGAGGUCCCAUGAAAGGUGGCAUCAGAUAUCAUCCAGAGGUGGAACCGGAUGAAGUAAACGCAUUGGCUCAACUCAUGACAUGGAAAACAGCUGUGGCUAAAAUACCUUACGGUGGAGCCAAAGGAGGGAUUGGUUGUGACCCGAGCGAGCUAAGCAUCUCAGAGCUCGAACGUUUGACUCGAGUUUUCACACAAAAAAUCCAUGACCUCAUUGGUAUUCAUACCGAUGUUCCUGCUCCUGAUAUGGGAACCGGUCCUCAGACAAUGGCGUGGAUUCUUGAUGAAUACUCGAAAUUUCACGGACACUCUCCUGCUAUUGUGACCGGCAAACCAAUUGAUCUUGGUGGAUCUCUUGGGAGAGAUGCUGCCACAGGAAGAGGAGUGUUGUUCGCAACAGAAGCUCUACUCAACGAACAUGGAAAGAGCAUAGCUGGACAGAGAUUCGUCAUCCAGGGUUUUGGGAAUGUGGGUUCUUGGGCGGCGAAGUUGAUAAAUGAAAAGGGAGGGAAGAUUGUGGCGGUGAGCGACGUCACAGGAGCAAUCAAGAACAAGAAUGGAAUCGAUAUCUCUGGUUUGAUCGAGCAUACCGAAGAAAACAUAGGAGUCAAAGGGUUUGAUGGUGCUGAUGCUAUCGAUCCUGAUUCAGUUCUUGUUGAAGAUUGUGAUAUCUUGAUCCCCGCAGCCCUAGGUGGCGUCAUCCACAGGGAAAAUGCUAAUGAGAUUAAAGCAAAGUUCGUCAUUGAAGGUGCUAAUCACCCAACUGAUCCUGAAGCUGACGAGAUAUUGAGGAAGAAAGGUGUUGUGAUUCUUCCAGACAUAUACGCAAACUCAGGAGGAGUCAUUGUAAGUUACUUCGAAUGGGUUCAGAACAUACAAGGAUUCAUGUGGGAUGAGGAAAAGGUGAACAAGGAGCUAAAGAGUUACAUGACUCGCGGCUUCAAAGAUUUGAAAGAGAUGUGUAAGACUCACUCAUGUGAUCUCCGUAUGGGAGCUUUCUCCCUAGGUGUUAACCGUGUGGCUCAAGCUACCGUUAUCAGAGGCUGGGGAUCAUGAGAUCCCCUUGGAAGUUCAGUAAUAAGAACUCAUACAAUCCUUACCUAUUGUUGAUUUGCUCUGUAAUCUUUAAAAAAAUUCUAUCAAUGGAAGCUAAUUA